AUGAUCCUACUCAGCGUGCUGUGCUGUCUUUUCUUAACUGCAUUCGGUUUUAACUUGGAUGUAGUUAAUUUGGUCACCGACUAUGUAUUGUAUAAAGAUUUGAGAUAUGUCUGCUACUUUACCUGUGAAAGUCGUUAUUAUAACAACAUCCUGGUACACAAGUUAACAGGAGAGAAUGUCCGAGUGUCUGUGAGGCGUAUCGAUGGAGGUGACAAUGUAGAUGUGGCGAGGGUUGGACAUCAGACCACCGCGUCUGUUGGAGUCCUGGUCGAUGGACAUUGCAGUCAGACGCAGGCAUUGCUACACCAGGCUUCCGUCAGUAAAUUGUUUGACGCCGUGCACCCCUGGCUCGUGCUGACCGACAUUGAAGAUGAUAACUGCACAGAAUACGUCAUGCAGACAUUCCAGUGGCUUAACUUGAGUGUCAACGCAGAUGUCGCCGUCGUCGCUAAUGGGGGUGAUUCCUUCACGAUCAUAGACGUUUACAACUUUGGCAGAAUACAAGGAAACGGCUUGGAAACAGCUCUACUUGGAACUUGGCAACCAGAUCGUGGACUACACAUUGUACUGAAGGGCUACAAGUAUUACAAUCGCUGGGAUUUUCAUAAUUUGACGCUGAGAGCUAUUUCUGUGAUCGUGGACCAGCCGAAGGUGUUCUACCCGGAGAUGCUGUCGGAGAUGGCGUACACUGCGGGAGUGGCCGCCAUGACCAAGAUCACCUCGCAGAUGCUCAACACUAUUAAGGAACGUCAUAAUUUCAGAUUUAACUACAGUAUCGCAGGCAGAUGGAUUGGGUCUCCGGAGAGAAAUUCUACAAUGGCUGUCACCAACACUCUAUUCUGGGAGGAGCAGGACCUGUCCAGUACCUGCGCCAGGAUAUUUCCCAAAUGGCUCAAUUGGGUCGACAUUUACCAUCCACCGACCACCAAUCUUCAGACCAAAUUCUACUACCUGAUCCCGGAGAAAGGUGUAGGCCAGUAUGAGAACAGGUUCCUAACUCCGCUGUCCCACGGAGUCUGGUGCUGUGCCUUCUUCGCUGGCAUCGCCUGCACGCUGGUCCUGGCGGCCGCGGCUCGCAUGGAGGACAGGCCCAAGCCAGGGUUGUACGCUUUCUUCAGCGUAUUCGCUGCAGUUUGCCAACAAGGUUAUGAAGACGGAGUUCAGCUGUUGGAGCAGACAUUAUCAAGUCAAGGUCGCAGACUGACUCUGCUAGUGAUAGGUCUAACCAGCAUGCUGCUGUACAACUACUACACCAGCAGCGUGGUGUCCUGGCUGCUGAACGCCGCGGCACCUUCCAUCGCCAACCUCGACGGCCUCAUCAACAGCGACUUCGAGCUGGUCUUUGAAGAUAUCGGGUAUACUAGGGGGUGGCUUGAUAAUCCCGGCUUCUUCUACUACAGCGGCUUCAAGAAUGUAAAAGAAGAUGAGUUGAGAGACAAGAAAGUCACAAAAGCGAAGCGUACAGUUUCAGUUUUGCAGACUGUGAACAAGGGCGUUGAACUCUUACGGAGUGGCAAAUACGCGUUCCACACUGAACCCUACACUGCAAGUCAGGUGAUCUCCAAAACGUAUGAGGACAAGGAGCUAUGCAACCUCGGGGCUCUGCAGAUGAUGCUGCCGGCUCACGUCUACAUCAUGGCGCAGAAGAGGAGUCCCUAUAAAGAAUUCUUUGAUUGGAGUCUCCUCCGCCUCUUGGAGCGCGGACAUGUGAAGGCCAUCCGCGCCCGGUUCGCGGGCACCAUGCCCGCCUGCUCGGGCGCGCAGCCGCGGCCGCUGGCGCUGGGGCAGGCCGCCCCCGCCUUCCUGAUGCUGGCCUCCUUUGCCGUGCUCUCCUGCCUCAUAUUGAUACUUGAGAUAUUCUGCAAGAGAGUCCAGCUGAAAAACCGCGGCCAGUGAACGACACGCAAAAAGUGACGUCACCAAGCGAUCAGCCCGAGAUCGCAGCACAUCACGCGACACUAUAGACCAAUGAAAAAAAAACAAUUGAGGGAAGACGUUUGACGGCCUGCUAAGGAGGCGCACACUAGGACAUUGUGCGCAGUAGUUCAACUGCACAUACACAUUUAGAAUAUGAACCUUUCUUGUAUCACUUGAAGCACUACAAAUCAGUGGAAAUUUAGAA